ACGUGGCGGGCGUUGAAGUUGAAAUUUUUUGUGAUUAUUCCUUUGAGAGCGAUAUCCUUUGAAAUUUCAAUCUCUAUUUAAUAUUGAUUUUUUGUCAACUGAAAUUUUGUCUUUGAAUCUGACACAACAUCAACAGAAAAUUAUGAUUUAGAAAAGAAUUGUGUGUAAAAAAAAGUGCGUAUUCGCCCGAGUGACCAGAAUUUGUAUUGGAAAUAUUUGUUAAAUAUUUUUGUCAUGUCAACCGAAGGACAUGCAGUGUUGUGUUGAGUUAUUUGGUCUUUGAAGAAAACAAAAAAAAAAGACAAUACAAAAAUUCUUUGAAGUACCUAUCCCAAAUAUUUUGUCUUAUCUAAAAAACGAAUAAGUAAAUUUUGUUUUUGAUCAUAUAAAUAACCUAGACUCUAAAAAAAGGUUUAUUGAAUGUUGAAGUAAAAAGGUAAACAAGUAAUUCUUGACACAAAAGUGAAUUUUAGGAUAAAAGUAUGAGUUUAAGCCCAAAAAACAGUAAAACCUUUAGGAAUAUGAAAAAGGGUGCACAGUACGCAGCACCAGGCUGAUGUUUUUGAUGAUUAAUAAAUAUAAAAAUCUCAAGAACGGCACUUGAGUAUUUUCCAAGUAUUAAAAAACAUUCGUAUGUUGUCAAGGAGCCGAGAAAUUGUACCUACACCAAUAAAUAAAUUUUAGUCCUUCGAGCCGGAUUUGUGUUUCUGAGGGUAUGAUGUGUCAAUUUUUAUUAAUCAGCUUUCUUUGUGAGUCUAAUCCGAGAAAUAAAAAACAUUAUUCAAAUUAAUUGAGUGCAUACGUCUGAGUAUUUAAUACUAUAAGGUAAUGAAAGCAUUAUUAAGAAGGAUUGACUAAAUGAGUUUUUGAUUGAAAAUAUAAAAAAAAACUCAUGUCCACCACAACAACUGGACUUAAUUACAUUAAAUUUCUCUCCCUUGUCACUCAAAAUACUCUAAAAAACUCAUUUUGCCACAUAACUUUUUAUUACGUCUGCAGUAGAUAAAUUUCAAUGUUCAAAAACAAAAAAGCCAUUAACCAUAAGGAAUUCCGUAGUUGAACUCUCGUUAUAUUAUCCUGCAAAGUUUUUUUUUUAACGACCCAUGAAAAGAAAGUAUAUUACCCAGCUAUUCCCAUCUCAUGCUCAAUGAAAAAUCAAACAAAGUCAUUCCAAGGCUUGUUUUCCUUCCAAACAUCAAUCUUUAGAAAAUUGUUUAUACAUAUAUUUUUUUUUCAUCCAUGAAUUUUAUAUCUUGUUCUGUUUUUAAACCAUGUUCUUAAAAAUGUAUUAUAUUUCAAUCAAACGAAAGUAUUAAAAAAAUAAUAAUAAUAAAAAAAGUGCAAAAUUUACAAAAAAAAAAAAGAAAACAACAUGUCAUAAAAUUGUCAUCACCCUCUCUGUGAGUACUAUACAAGGAGCAACACGAAAAGGAUAUUAAAUUUAAUUAGUGUUAUAAAAAAUACAUACCUUUACAUAGAGAAAAUUAUUUGGUAAAAAAAAAAAAAAAAAAAAAAAAACAAAGUUAAAAAUGCUGAUGGAAUACCUGCGUCGUUUUGGAUUACUUUUAUUCACCCACCUGCUGUUGUUGAUGCUUCUAGGAACCAAAUCAAUAUGUGGUGAUGUUCAUCAACCCCAUUACUGGGAAACACCCUAUUCCCAGCCAUAUUUCGACAACUCAACAAGACGAGAAGUUACAGCGACAGUGGGACAAUCUGCUCUGCUGCAUUGCAGAGUGAGAAAUUUGGGUGAUAGAGCGGUUUCGUGGAUAAGAAAAAGAGACCUACAUAUUCUUACAGUUGGCAUUCUAACUUAUACCAAUGACCAGAGAUUUCAAUCAUUACACACAGAAGGAUCAGAUGAGUGGACAUUGAGGAUAUCAUCUCCACAGCCUAGAGAUUCCGGCACAUAUGAGUGCCAGGUUUCAACAGAACCAAAAAUAAGUCAAGGUUUUCGACUAAAUGUUGUGGUAUCACGUGCGAAAAUCCUUGGCAACUCAGAACUUUUUAUAAAAAGUGGCAGUGAUAUAAAUCUGACAUGCCUGGCGAUGCAAUCACCAAUACCGCCGUCAUUUAUUUAUUGGUACAAAGGAAAACGUGUCAUGAAUUAUUCGCAACGUGGUGGCAUCAACGUUAUAACAGAACGACAGACUCGGACGAGUAAAUUAUUGAUAGCAAAAGCAACGCCAGCUGAUUCUGGCAACUAUACCUGUUCGCCGAGUAGUUCAGAUUCAGACAGCGUUGUGGUGCAUGUUAUAAACGGUGAACAUCCUGCCGCAAUGCAGCAUGGCAACAGUACUACAACUACAACAAGUACUACCAACAAUUUUGCAUCAUCAUUGCAUUGUUAUCGAAAACGAAAACUGACGGCAGCUACCACGACGACGAUAUUCACCUCCAGCAGCAAUACAUUUCUACAUCAUGCAAUUACUACAUUACAAUUGUUCCUAGUGGAUGAUUGCAUAAGUUGGAUAAUGAUAUUUGUGUUGUGUCUGUCAUCAUCUUCAAUAGGAUAUGUUUGGUCCUUUAGGUGAUUAAGAUUGUAAGAGAAAAAAAAUGACUAAUUGCUAUUUUUUUUUAUAUAAUCUGAUUUUUAACAAAAACAAAAAACAAAAGAAGGAAUAAAUAAAAACAAGGAUUUUUGGAGUCUAUUAUUUUUAAGAAAAUAAAAUGUGAUUUUUUGAACGACUAUAUUAUUAAUUAGAUGUAAGAAGAAUAAAUAAUAAUAAUUGUUAAGCUUUGAUUAAAAAUAAAAUUAAAUGUAGGUAAGUUUAAAUUUUUCUUUUUCUAAGAUUUCUCAAUUUUAUAAUUCUAAAUUAAGA